AUGAAUACAAUAUUGAAGAACAUCAACCAAACAUCAAAUACAUCAAGUACCAUGCAAAAACACACAGAGUUUCAAUCCAUGAAUUUGUGUCCCGACAUGUCUUCACCCAAUGGAAUACUCAGCAGGAACGAAGACGUUUACUACAAUACCACCGACACUGUCAUGAACAAAUUACGAAAUGUCAUGACGCUUUCACCAGAUGAAGAAUUAGAUUGGGAAGAAGCUGCUAAAGUUUGGAACAGUUUACAUGUUUUAAGCACUUCGAAACAAUUUUUGACCGACCUCAUUGAACAAAUCGACACGAUUAUGAAAUAUGUGACUGCGAUUGUGCAAGAGUGCUUGAAAUAUGAGUCACAACUUGCAGAAAAAGCUUCAACCUUUGGUAAGGUUAUUACACAAGUAGCAGCAGUUGUAAGAAACUGUUCCGACAAUGAAGGAGGUCGAGCAAAAUUGCAAUUGUUCCCUUCCCAAUUGAUGUACUUGGUCGGAAUUGUCACUCGUGUGGAACACUUCAAUAAGAAAUCAAGGCCUAACAUUUUGAGUUGCUUUGACGACGAUUUUAAAUUCAAUUGGAGUUUUCCCGAAACAGACGACACUCAUAUGUUGACAUCCAUUGCUUGUUGUAUCAACAAUUUGUGGUUAUCGACAGACAAGUCACAACUUACUCUUUCAGAGAGUUAUUAUUGUAUCAUGGCAGAUGCAUUGUUACAUUUAUUCUGUAUGACACAAGAUCGACAAUCUUUGGAAUUAUUACAUCAAGUGUAUUCAGUGCUCUAUAACACCAUCAACAAUGAGACAAACGUGACUCUCUCGAAGGAGACCAGAGAUGCAUUUUCCAAGUUUUUAAGCAACAACUCGAUGGUAUUGACAGAGCAUUUCUGCAUGUUCAACAAGCGAAAGAGUGCUGUCAUCUCAGAGACCAAUUAA